AUGACCAUACUACCAGAAGGUUACCAAAUCAGAAGAACUGAGGCGCAGGACUAUUCCGGGGUUAUUCACACUCUGAAAGUUCUGACGACUGUGGGCAAUGUCACACAACAGGAAUUUUGCGAUACAAUUGAGUACUGGAAAACCGUGAAGGUACCCAUUGUUGCAAACCGAAAAACGAGGCAACCUGCUGAAGAGGUACUUGCAUACAAUCCGCUUGUAAUCACUGAUGAUACUGGUAACGUAGUUGCGACUGGGAAUAUUAUCAUCGAAGCCAAGUUAAUCCAUCAUUGUGGAUUGGUUGGUCACAUCGAAGAUAUCGCUGUUGCUAUGGAUCAACGAGGUAAGCGGCUAGGAAAGUUGCUGAUUGACAAAUUAACAGAGAUCGGCAAAAAUGCAGGGUGCUACAAGAUAGUCUUAGAUUGCGACCCUAAGAACGCCGAGUUUUACGAAAAAUGUGGCUACACCCAGGCUGGCUUGUCGAUGCAAGUUAGGUUCAAGGACUAA